AUGGAGGCUCUUUUGGCCCAUUCGUUCGAUUAUCUCUCCUCAUACGAGCCCAGCAAGAUCCGCAAAGGAUUGCGCCAGGUCGAGGGCCUAUUAGCACAAAUAUGUCUGUCAAAGGCCAAGCCGGUCCUUGACCGAAGGCGCAUGUCUCCCAAUACACAGACACAGCCCGUGACGAAAUCAUUUUCAGAGCUGCGGGAUGAUCCCGCUUUCCGAGAAUUCUCCAAAUUACAAGAAAGCUUUCAAUGGAACAUUGCAAUGCGCUUAGUAUCCUGCCUCGAGCGCCUCCUAGGCCGAGGGAGCAACGGCACAGCCGACAUGCUGAUAGUCUGCACACUGGAUCUCAUCCAAGGCGCUCUCCUCCUCCACCGCGGCUCGCGCACGCUCUUCGCCCGUGAGAUCUACAUGAACCUCCUCCUCGACCUUCUCGACCCAAUCAACUGCCCAGCCGUGCAAUCAGCAACCCUACUCACACUCGUCACGGCCCUGCUGGACUGUCCAGCGAACACACGAACAUUCGAGGACCUAGAUGGUCUUCUCACUGUCACAUCACUCUUCAAGCAGCGCGCCACAUCCCGCGAGGUCAAACUCAAGCUUGUCGAGUUUCUCUACUUCUAUCUGAUGCCCGAGACCCCGACCCCAGCACCCAUGUCUCCGCCGCCCGGUCUGCAGCGCAGCCCGAGCAAACUCGGCUCGGGCGCCUUGCGUAGUGGACAUUCCGCUGCAAACGCUGCAAGCAAGAUGAGCCGUGAUACACGAACGACAGACGAGAAACAGGCUCUUCUGGGCAGGUAUCUCAACAACGUGGAAGACCUGGUGGAGGACUUGAAGGAGACGGCUCCGUUUGGAGCGACAGUUCACUGA